GGAGGGGUCGGGAGCUAUCAAUAAAAGCAUUCUACUCCUGGAUUCAUUUACUUUGAAACCUCAGGGACAUAAACAACCCCUUUCUUUACACAUUGAGAACAAGAGAACAACAAAAACAGAGAUUUACGUGAUGCCUAUAGCUGGAUCCAUGUCCCACAUAAUACCCAAUCACAUUCUGAGGGUGGGUCAGAGUACCUGCCUGGACUCUGCUCGUGAGGUAGCUCUGGGGUGCAGUCCCAGCGCCAUGAUGGACCCCAACGGGAGUUGCAGUGAACAGGACGACCUGGACAUCUCCCUAGAUAACCUGAACCAGCUCAUUCUGGAACUGGACCCCACAUUUGAUCCCAUCUACUUCAACAAGAGGUCCCAGUCCAGCAGCCCCCACACAGAUGACUUCUCUCCAGAUGAAGACGUCUCCAGCUGUGUGGCCGGAGGCUGUUCUCCAAGGAACAUCUCCACCUCCGUCUCCCCCUCCUGCAGCAUUCCCAUCCCACUGUCCUCUGCUUCUGGCUCCAGGUGCAGCCCCCAAGGCUCCCUGGUGUUCUCUGAUGCCUCCUCUCGCCCCCCACUGCCGUGUGGAAGUGUCGUCCGCCGGCGGCUGCCCUCGACGCAGGGAGGCGAGGCGGGCACGUGUUCAUCCCCGGUUACCCUGCGCAUGUCACACUCUCACAGGAACAGUUCUGUCUCGAUGAUCUCCACGUCGCCCGGCUCAGAAACCAGUUACAUAAUGGGCAGCUAUCAGUCGUUGCUCAGUGACAGUGAAGGCGACAGCCCCGAGUCUCUCCUCCUCUACCGCGCGUCCAGCUCCUACAGCGACGUGUCCAGGUCCUCGACCAGGCCGUUCACCAACAAGCGUUCGCCGACCGGCCCAUCACCACUCGGCCACUUCCAGGGGAUCCACAGCAGCCCUGCCUCCCUGGCCGGUUCACUGACAGACAUCCCUGUGGUGUUGGUCAACGGAGCCCCAGAGCGGGAGCUCAGCCCCCAGUCACCUCCAGAGGCAAUGGUCCCAGACAUACAGAUCAAGCAGAGGCCCAGCUUCAGGCCAUCCUCGCCAUCUCCCUCUCACUCUUUGCAAGGCCAUUUCCAAGGCAACCAGCACUCCAUGAAGUUUGUCAUGGACACCUCGCAGUUUUGGUUCCGCCCACACAUCAACAGAGUUCAGGCUGAGGCCAUAGUGAUAGAUAAGGAGCCGGGGACCUUCGUGGUGAGAGACAGCACGUCCUUCAGAGGCUCCUUCGGGCUGGCUAUGAAGGUGGACCAGGCGCCCGUCAACAUAUCCCCUACUGGCCAACCAGCGGAGGGCAGCUCAGAUCUCGUGAGGCACUUCCUCAUUGAAUCGUCGGCCAGGGGCGUCCGUAUCAAGGGCUCCUCACAUGAACCGUACUUUGGUAGUCUGUCUGCCCUGGUCUUCCAACACACCGUCACUCCGUAUGCCCUACCCUGCAAACUUCUGCUCCAGUCACAUGAUCUGAACAAAGGACAGGAGGAAACAAAUGACAGGUCAGCACCAGAAGACAAGACCAAGACGGCUUGCAAUUUCCUCUACCUGAGUGCUAUCCCCACUGAGACGUUGACAGGGCCGUGUGCUGUACAAAAGGCUGUGUCCUCCACCUUCACGAUGGACCUGAGCACCAUCACAACCACCAUAGUCAACCUAAAGGUGUCGCCCAAAGGUGUCACCUUGACAGACAUCCAGAGAAAACUUUUCUUCAGACGUCAUUACCCUGCACACAUGCUCAGCUACAGUGGUGAAGAUCCAGACAAGAGACUGUGGUACAGGAGUUCCAAACCAGCAAGGAUAUUUGGUAUAGUGGCAAAGGGCACUGAAGCGGGUAGGGAGAAUGUGUGCCACGUCUUCGCAGAAUACGACCCUCUUCAGCCCUGUAAUCCGACCAUUGAGUUGACACAGGGCAUAAUUUUCAAACCAUAACCUCAAUCUGUCCAGUAUGGGAAGGUGAGAUAAGACAAUAUCACCCUACUGAAUGUUGGAAGCUCUUUACAUCACUACGGUCUACGAGGGCGCCCAGAGCCAGACCUGACACACAUACUCUGAUGUGUCAAUUCUCGGUCUGUGUAUGCAGGCAGGGG